AUGGUGCCGAGAUUAACAUUGUUCUCCCAUCUCCAGAUCUGCCAACAGACCGGCUGGAACGGUCAACCCGUCCUUACCCACCGCGGCGGCGAGGGCGACACCGCUUCGCGCGUGACCCCCGUUACCGACUCGCGCCGCCUGCGCAUCACCUUCAAUGCCUCCGUGUCCGAUGUGAUGCCCUGGAAGUUUACCCCGCAACAGCGCGAGGUGCGGGUACUGCCCGGCGAGACUGCGCUGGCUUUCUACACGGCAACAAACAAGAGCCCCCACGAUAUCAUUGGCGUGGCAACAUAUAGUGUCACUCCGGGCCAGGUGGCGCCAUACUUUAGCAAGAUCCAGUGCUUCUGCUUUGAGGAGCAGAAACUCAAUGCGGGCGAGUCGGUCGAUAUGCCGGUCUUCUUUUUCAUUGAUCCCGACUUCGCAACGGAUCCUAACAUGAAGGGCAUCGAUACUAUUACAUUGUCCUAUACCUUCUUCAGUAAGUUGCUUUGCCUCUUGUUGCGCUUUGUCCGCUUGGCUGACUCCCCACCAGAAGCGAAAUACGAUGACAAUGGCGUACUCAAGGCCAUCCCAUCAUAA